AUUGCUCCUGUCUAAAUGUGUCUGCAUCCAGUAGUGCACAGUCCUCCCAGGUCACCUGUCUUUCCAGUCAUCCCUGAUGCUCUGACAACACAGGAACAAUACUGAAACAUAUCAGAAAACAUCUAGAACAGAAAGGAGAGCACAGACCCUGUUUGGAUCAAGUCAGCUCCCUGAGCCUGAAUGAUGACUGCAGAAUCCAGGGAAGCCACAGGUCUGUCCCCCCAGGCUGCCCAGGAGAAGGAUGGUAUCGUAAUAGUGAAGGUAGAAGAGGAAGAUGAAGAAGACCACAUGUGGGGGCAGGAUUCCAGCCUGCAGGAGACGCCGCCUCCCGACCCAGAGAUUUUCCGCCAACGUUUCAGGCACUUCUGUUACCAGAACACUUUUGGGCCUCGAGAGGCUCUGAGUCGACUGAAGGAACUUUGUCACCAGUGGCUCCGACCAGAGAUAAACACUAAGGAGCAGAUCCUGGAGCUGCUGGUACUGGAGCAGUUCCUCUCCAUCCUGCCCAAGGAGCUCCAAGUCUGGCUGCAGGAAUACCGUCCUGAUAGUGGGGAGGAGGCCGUGACCCUUCUGGAAGAUUUAGAGCUUGAUUUGUCAGGACAGCAGGUCCCAGGUCAAGUUCAUGGGCCUGAGAUGCUUGCCAGGGGGAUGGUGCCUCUGGAUCCAAUGCAGGAGUCCUCAAGCUUUGACCUUCAUCAUGAGGCCACCCAGUCCCAUUUCAAGCAUUCAUCUCGGAAGCCUCGCCUCUUGCAGUCACGGGCUCUCCCUGCCACCCACGUUCCUGCCCCUCAUCACGAGGGGAGUCCCAGAGACCAGGCGAUGGCAUCUGCACUAUUCACAGCAGAUUCCCAGGCAAUGGUGAAGAUCGAGGACAUGGCCGUGUCCCUCAUCCUGGAGGAAUGGGGAUGUCAGAACCUGGCUCGGAGGAAUCUCAAUAGGGACAACAGGCAGGAGAAUUAUGGGAACGUGUUUUCCCAGGGUUGUGAAAACAGGAAUGAGAAUGAGGAGUCAGCCUCAAAGGCUGAAAACGCAGAAGACUCAGCAUCGCGUGGGGAGACAACAGGAAGAUUCCAGAAAGAUUUUGCAGAGAAACGUGAACAGCAGGGCAGAAUAGUAGAAAGGCAGCAAAGAAACCCUGAGGAAAAAACCGGAAGAGAAAAAAGAGAUUCGGGGCCAGCUACAGUCAAGGAAAAAAAACCCACCACGGGAGAGAGAGGUCCAAGGGAGAAGGGUAAAGGAUUGGGAAGAAGCUUUAGUCUGAGUUCAAACUUUAACGCCCCCGAAGAGGUGCCAACGGGAACGAAGUCCCACAGAUGUGAUGAAUGUGGAAAAUGCUUCACAAGGAGUUCAAGCCUUAUUCGCCAUAAAAUAAUCCACACUGGAGAAAAGCCCUAUGAAUGUAGUGAGUGUGGGAAAGCCUUCAGUCUUAACUCAAACCUUGUCCUGCAUCAGAGAAUCCACACCGGAGAGAAGCCUCAUGAAUGUAACGAGUGUGGCAAAGCCUUCAGUCACAGUUCAAAUCUCAUUCUCCAUCAGCGGAUCCACUCUGGAGAGAAACCUUAUGAAUGUAAUGAGUGUGGGAAGGCCUUCAGCCAGAGCUCAGACCUUACUAAACAUCAGCGGAUCCACACGGGGGAGAAACCCUAUGAAUGUAGUGAGUGCGGAAAAGCUUUCAACCGAAACUCAUACCUUAUCUUGCACCGGAGAAUUCACACACGAGAAAAGCCGUACAAAUGCACCAAGUGCGGCAAGGCCUUCACCCGGAGCUCGACCCUCACUCUGCACCACAGAAUCCACACGAGAGAGCGAGCCCCCGAGUACAGCCCCGCCUCCCUUGAUGCCUUUGGAGCAUUCCUGAAAAGCUGUGUGUUGGAUGGCACAAACCUCAUGUUUUCCUCUUAUCCUGAAACAGUGGAAGAACGUGUAGCCCUAAAGAUCCAGAAACCCAAAGGAACCACUAUUCCUGCUCCACAUAGUCCCAUCCGUAGUGAGGCUGUUUCUGGAAUCUGUGUGAUGACCAAGGUUUUAGGCAUGGCUGCAGUUCGGGUUCCUCGGCCUCCACGGGAGAGGGGGCCUGUGGUGGUUAAAGAUGAGGAAGAGGAAGGGAAGUGCCUUCCUAGUCUGGAGGUGUUCCGCCAGCGCUUCCGGCAGUUUGGGUACCAUGACACACCUGGCCCCCGGGAGGCCCUGAGCCAGCUCCGGGUGCUCUGCUGUGAGUGGCUGAGGCCCGAGAUCCACACCAAGGAGCAGAUCCUGGAGCUGCUGGUGCUGGAGCAGUUCCUGAGCAUCCUGCCCCAGGAGCUCCAGGCCUGGGUGCAGGAGCACUGCCCGGAGAGCGCUGAAGAGGCCGUCACUCUCCUAGAAGAUCUGGAGCGAGAACUGGAUGAGCCAGGGCAGCAGGCCUCACCGCCUCCAAAUGAGCAGAAACAGAUGUGGGAGAAGAGGUCCUCUUCAGGAACGGCAAAGUUUCCAAGCAGUGUGCAGCCCCAGUCUGUGGAGACCAGUCACAGAUGCGAAGCUUGGGAGCCCUUGUACAUUCAGGAGACUGGGGAAGAGCAGGAUUUCACUCCAGAGCUGAAACAGAGUCAAGAUCAUAAAUCGAACACUCAGAAUGAGGAAUCAACAGAGAAGCAGAAAAGUUCUGAAGAAUCUCAAGAAUUCAAAAGGGAUAUUAUUCCUGUGAUUAUUGCCAGUAAAUGUGAGUCCAGGUUAGAAAGGCAGUGGGUAAACCUUGAAAAGGAAAGAGGAACAAAAACUCCUCUCCUAGACAAAGGUUCUAAGAAAGGCAGAGAAUUGAUUCCCGCUAAACCUACCCCAGGAGAGAGGCGUUACAUUUGUGCCGAGUGUGGAAAGGCCUUUAGUAAUAGCUCAAAUCUUACUAAACACCGGAGAACACACACUGGGGAGAAACCAUAUGUGUGCACCAAAUGUGGGAAAGCUUUCAGCCACAGUUCAAACCUCACCCUUCAUUACAGAACACACUUGGUGGACCGGCCCUAUGACUGUAAGUGUGGGAAAGCCUUUGGUCAGAGCUCAGACCUCCUUAAACAUCAGCGAAUGCACACUGAAGAGGCACCAUAUCAGUGUAAAGAUUGUGGGAAAGCUUUCAGUGGUAAAGGCAGCCUCAUUCGACACUACCGGAUACACACCGGGGAGAAACCUUACCAGUGUAACGAGUGCGGGAAGAGCUUUAGUCAGCACGCGGGUCUUAGUUCACACCAGAGACUUCACACUGGAGAGAAGCCAUAUAAAUGUAAGGAGUGUGGGAAGGCCUUCAACCACAGCUCAAAUUUUAAUAAACAUCAUAGAAUCCAUACUGGGGAGAAGCCCUAUUGGUGUAAUCAUUGUGGAAAAACCUUCUGUAGUAAGUCCAAUCUUUCCAAACAUCAGAGGGUCCACACUGGAGAGGGAGAAGUAAAAGCUUUACAAAAUUCAGCUACUUUCUUUCCCACCUUGGUGGACUGCUUUGAGAGUCCCUUAGCGGGUCGGCUCGGGACCCCGGUCGCUGGGGCAAGGUGCGCUCUCCCCUGCCUUCGGCAGCUCGUGGGGGACCCCGGCCGCCCCCGCCGCCUGCUCGGGGGUCAGCGGCACCCGAGCACGCGCUCAGAGGCCGAGGUACGCGGCUCUUCGCCUGGCCCAGCCAACAGGGGGCGCGGCGGCGGGCCGGAAAGCCAGGGCCGGUAUGGGCGAGGGCGCCAAACCACCGAGAGGAGAACACCUCCCAUGUUCCUAGAGAGAACAAGUGGGCGCGGCGGGGCCACGGGGGAUAGCGUGGGCGGUGAAAAGCGCCGACCCGGAAGCGAAACAGAGAGAACUUCCGUUCUUUGUUCUGUCCCGGUGUGUGGGUCUGUGACAGGGUCCGACACGGCCUGGUCCGUGUCCGGCUCCCCAGAUCUCCCGUCCUUGCCCCCAGGGUCAUCUUUCUCGGUCCCCAGGAGCAGCUUCGGGGAGAGGUGUUGGCAGCAGAGCAAGGAAGGGCCCGGCCUGGACCUGACGCUGUGGGGGCACAAUGGAGAUUUUUCUUCCCAUGAGAAACACUGUACCAGAGACCCAGAGCUUCUGGCCCUACCGAUGGAAACUCAGGCUGAUUGCGUAUCUCAGGAACCUCAGCCCCUGCUUGAGAGUGCUCUUCCUUCCUCAAAAGUUCCUGCGUAUUCUGACAAGGACAGCCUGGGGGAUGAGAUGUUGGCAGCUGCACUGCUAAAGGCCAAGUCCCAGGAGCUGGUGACAUUUGAGGAUGUAGCUGUGUACUUCAUCCGAAAGGAGUGGAAGCGUUUGGAGCCUGCUCAGAGGGACCUCUAUAGGGAUGUGAUGCUGGAGAAUUAUGGAAAUGUGUUCUCGCUGGAUGGUGAGACCAGAACUGAGCACGAUCAAGAAAUUUCUGAAGAUACAGGAUCACGUGGGGUGCUGUUGGGAAGAUUCCAAAAGGAUAUUUCUCAGGGUCUUAAGUUUGAAGAAGCCUAUGAACAAAAAGUCAGUCUAAAGAGGCAAAUGGGGAACUCCUCUGGAGAAAGAUUGAAUAGGAAGAUAGAAGAUUUUGGUCAAGUGACAGUUGAGGAAAAGCUAAGCCCUGCAGGAGAGAGAAGUGAGAAAUACAAUGAUUUUGGGAACAGCUUCACUGUGAGUCCUAACCUCAUUUCGCAUCAGAGACUUCCUAUGGGAGACAGACCCCAUAAGUGUGAUGAAUGUAGCAAGAGCUUUAAUAGAACUUCAGACCUUAUUCAACAUCAGAGAAUCCACACGGGGGAGAAACCCUACGAAUGUAGUGAGUGUGGGAAGGCCUUCAGCCAGAGCUCACACCUUAUUCAGCAUCAGAGAAUCCACACCGGAGAGAAACCUUACGAAUGUAAUGAUUGUGGGAAGACCUUUAGUUGUAGCUCUGCCCUCAUUCUGCAUCGGAGGAUCCAUACCGGGGAGAAGCCCUAUGAAUGUAACGAAUGUGGGAAAACCUUUAGCUGGAGCUCUACCCUCACUCAUCAUCAGAGAAUCCACACUGGAGAGAAACCGUAUGCUUGCAAUGAAUGCGGGAAGGCUUUUAGUAGGAGCUCCACCCUCAUCCAUCACCAGAGAAUCCACACUGGAGAGAAGCCCUAUGAAUGUAACGAGUGUGGGAAGGCCUUCAGCCAGAGCUCACACCUCUAUCAGCACCAGAGAAUCCACACUGGAGAGAAGCCCUAUGAAUGUAUGGAAUGUGGAGGAAAGUUUACCUAUAGUUCAGGCCUUAUUCAGCAUCAAAGAAUCCACACAGGGGAGAAUCCCUAUGAAUGUAGUGAGUGUGGGAAAGCCUUUAGGUAUAGCUCAGCCCUUGUUCGCCAUCAGAGAAUUCACACUGGAGAGAAGCCUUUGAAUGUGAUGGGAAUGAGCAAAAAUUCUCUCAGAGUUACUGCUGAAUUAAAUAUCCGAGAGUCUACAUGAAAGACAGCCACACACCUGUUUUCCUCACUUCCUCUGAGUCUAAAGAGCUCCUGCCUUACUAUAUGAGUAUGAAUAACUUAGAAUGUAUCCCUUCCGACUCAACCCUUUCACUUUAGAGAAUGGGGCAAAUUGGGCAAAUCCUCCUGGCACAGUGAUGAAGCUACCUAGUCUGUUUCCCCAAGAAUGACACCAGGUGGCGAGCGGCAGGUUAAGUGCUGCGAAUGAGAGGGAGGCUCUGGGACUUAUCACCUUCCAUUCUGGAAGGGAGUUUGCACUAGACCAUUUCUUUCACACCAGAGGAGCCUUUCUUUCCAAGGUGGGGAAUGGAAGCACAGUAGGAAUAAAAUUCCAAGGAUUCCUGUAGUCGGAGUCAGUAUAGUCAGCACAGAAGGCAGUGGAAAGAAUGUUCUGAGUCCUAUUUGAUAAGAAGGGGAAAUGGAGGCUGUAUUUCAAAGCCACUGUUCCUAAUCCAGCUUUAAGUUUUGAUAAGGAAUGUGCUAUUUUUUUGUUGUCUCAUGACUUCAUUAAUUAUGGAAAAACUUGGUGCUGAGGGAUGUGUUAUUUUAUUGGGGGGGGAACCCCAAGAGGUUUUCUGUGGUAACUAUUUUGCAGGGCUCUUGGAGCAGCAAGCCCAGGUUUCCAAGAGCAGCAAGGCAGGCAGUUUUGUUGGAGAACUCCUUGUACUUCCCCCCUGUGAUAGAUAUGGCUGUGAAAUCCAUCUGAAUACCAGUAAGUCUAACGGAGAGGAGCAGAAGCGUUUGGCAUUGGCCUGGUUUCCCUCCUGCUCUCUCCCUGUUCCUCUCCCCACUCUUGUGUUAGAAAGCGAUUUAAUCCAAACCCCCAGUUACUAGGAAUGCUUUUAUGGAGCUCACUCAGCCAGCUUGCCCUGCCCUCUGUCCCCUGUGACCUAUGACACCUGGCCCCAGCAGCCGGAUCCCUCCUGACCCCACUUCUGACUUCAGCAGCCAAGUAUGAAUGCAAAGAAAAAGCAAAGCCCAGAGAAGGGAGUCUCUGGCCUGACUGGGCCGCGUUGCUGGGUUAGGAUGGAGCUCCCGAGUUUCCCAGCUGAAGGGAUGAUCUUUGGUUCUGUCUUCCCAAUCCUGCUCAUCCUGUAGCAUAAAUGAAGUGCACUAUUAAACAGAAUAGUUUCUUAGAAGGAGAGAUUGAGUGUGUUUUUGUGCAGGAGCACAAAUUUAUUUCAGUUAAAAUAGGAAACAGUGACUAUAACUGGAAUCUUUAAAGAUGAAUCUUUAAAAUUUUUUACAGACAACUAUUUUUCUUUCAGUCACAAACACAUGACCUCUUUCUCUCAAGACUCCAGGUACUGCCACAGACUCCCAUUUACACAGCUGCUCCCAUCUCAUACCCACACGUCGGAUUUUGUGUGCCGUGUGCUCUUAAGACCAGCAACCAAAACUGGAAAGGUGUUACCGGGUGUGGGGCCCCUGACAAGUGUGUACAUUGUUGGGUAGCAAUGGGCAUAUGUAGACUUCUUGUUUGGGCGCUUGGUGGGAGGGUGUUCCAGUCACGAGAAGGAAGGUUGAAAUGAAAGUCUUAUGCAAAAGAUGAGGAAGUGUCUGGAACUGGCCUCUAAAAAACUUGGGAGCAUAUAUUGUGAUCACCUAAUAUAUUUUUAAUUUCUUAAAGCUAUAAUGAAACUCA